AUGGCAAAACAAGAAACAAAAGAAGCUCCCAAGCUACCAGUGAAGGUCGACUUCGCGUUGCCGCCUCUGUACCAAGGCAAUGGCUCCUAUACCGAAAAUCCCAAAGGUGUCCGCGACGUCCAGUUUGCUAUGCCAGGGUCGCGAACCAAGCCAGUCGAAGUACUCCACGUAGACUCGACGGCUGUACCUCAGCCAUUCGUUGAUCCAGCUGUCUUCAAGAAAUGGAGCGGCAAGUCUUGA